CAAGAUUGUGGGGGGGGGGGGCAUAAAGUGUUUGAUUGCACAAAAUAAAUGUUUCAGACGAAAACAAACUCAAACAGGGACAUGCAGCUGCUGGAGAGGCAGCCACUGGGGGCGUUUUGGUCGUGUUUAAAAUACUAUGGAAUAUUAACGAUGUGUGCAUGAAAUAUUAAGACUGUAAAUAGUGAAAACUGUUUGAAUUUUUUUUAACAUUAAAGGGUACAGAAUAAACCAUGUAUUUGUUAAUGAUAAUUUUUUUUGUUUUAAAACAAUUUAAACCGGAACGUUUGAAUGGGGCUUCUUUUCAGGCCAUGAAAGCAGCUCGGUGGCACCGUGUCCCCAGGUGAGGGAAUUUUGUUUUUGUUUUUAUGUCCUACAGUCCGUGAAUGCAGCAGUGACGCGCUGCACCACUAGACAGAAGAUGGCGGACGCGCUUCACGAUGGUGACGCGAGGGCGGACAAGCCGGCGCCCAAACGCCGUCGCAUCCUGGACUCAGCGACCAUCAUCCCCGUGCCCGUCUACUCCAACAAGGUGAACAGCAGCCUUCGACUGAAUGCGGAGCGUCCGGUCUUGACGCAAAAGGAAGGAACAGAUGAAGGCGAAGUGGAUAAUCUGUGGUCGCAGAUGACGCAUCGGGAAGAGCAAGCGUUCAGAAUCACCAUCAGUGACUCUGAUGACGAACAGGAAGUAAAGGAGAGUCCUCCGCUGUCUCCGCCCCCUCCCCCAGCAGAGAUUUCCUUCCAGAAACAGUCCCGACAGUCCAAGAUGAAGAUCAAUGAAGUGGAGAGGAGGCUUCGUGCUGUCAGCGCCGCCCUCUCCCCCACGGGUGUGUCCAACAGGGGGCGCCGGCGUGCCAUCCCGGAGCAGGAUGAUGAUGACGAUGUCAUUGUGAUGGAGCCCGGGCUACAGUCAUGUGACUUGCAGGUGCUAAAGGUUCGAUGUCGCACCAACAUCUACAAGCUGAACGUCACAGCGAGUACGUCGGUGAGCCAGAUGGUGAGCCAGAUGGCAGAGAUCUUGGGCGUGCCCGCCUUCCGCCUGCGGCUCCUGAGGGAGGAGGCGGAGCUUGCUGCUGAGGCCAGCGUGGGCGAGUUGGGCCUGGACAUCGCUGACAUCUUGGCGGCCGCCAUGUCUGCGGACACGCCCGCGGCAGAUGCGACGCCGUUUAUGUCGGACGACAGUGAGGCGGCGUUGACGGAGGAGGAGGAGGAGUGUCGGGAUGCGGUCCAGGGGGAGGAGCUUAGCAGCGGCGUAUCGCCCUUGCGGGCCGUGCUCACCGUCCUCAUCCUGUGCUUUGUCAACCUACUCAACUACAUGGACAGGUUCACCAUCGCAGGUGUGCUUCCCGACAUCGAGCGUUAUUUUGGGAUCGAUGACAGCAAAUCUGGCCUGCUCCAGACGGUCUUCAUCUGCAGUUACAUGUUCCUGGCACCGCUCUUCGGUUACCUGGGCGACCGCCACAACCGCAAGAUAAUCAUGAGCGUCGGCAUCGCUUUCUGGUCCCUCGUCACACUCGCCAGCUCCUACACGCCCAAGGAGCACUUCUGGGCCCUGCUGCUGACGCGGGGCCUGGUGGGUGUGGGCGAGGCCAGCUACUCCACCAUCGCACCCACCAUCAUCGCCGACCUCUACGUCAAGGACCGCCGCACCAACAUGCUGUCCAUCUUCUACUUUGCCAUCCCCGUCGGCAGCGGUCUGGGCUACAUUGUGGGCUCCCAAGUCAGCAACGUGACCAAGGACUGGCACUGGGCUCUGAGGGUGACGCCGGCGUUGGGUCUGGUGGCCGUGCUGCUCCUGAUCCUGGUGGUGAAGGAGCCAAAACGUGGCGCUAUAGAAGCUCGGCCCGAACGUCAGCUUCAUCAAAGCGGCUGGAUCGAUGACUUGCGAGCGCUGAGCAGAAACCCGAGCUUCGUGCUGUCCACGUUGGGCUUCACGGCGGUGGCCUUCGUCACAGGCUCGCUGGCACUGUGGGCGCCCACCUUCCUGUUCAGGGCGGCCAUGUUUACGGGCGAGCGCGCGCCCUGCAUGGAGGCUCACUGCUCGUCCUCAGACAGUUUGAUUUUCGGCGCCAUCACAUGCGUGACGGGCGUGCUGGGCGUGGCCAGCGGCGUGCAGGCCAGCCGUCUGCUCCGACGCCGAACUCCGCGCGCCGACCCGCUGGUGUGCGCCGCCGGCCUGCUGCUCUCGGCGCCCUUCCUCUACCUCGCCGUCGUCUGCGCCCAGGCCAGCACCGUCGCCACAUAUGUGUUUAUUUUCCUGGGUGAGACGUUCCUGUCCAUGAACUGGGCCAUCGUGGCCGACAUUCUGCUGUACGUGGUGGUUCCCACGCGGCGCUCUACCGCUGAGGCACUGCAGAUUGUCAUCUCGCACCUGCUGGGAGACGCCGGAAGUCCUUAUCUCAUCGGAGUGGUGUCGGACUCCUUGAGGAAGUGGGAUUCCUUCCUGUGGCAGUUUCGCUCGCUUCAACUGUCUCUGCUGCUCUGCGCCUUCGUGGCCGUGGGGGGCGGAGCUUUCUUCCUCGCCACCGCCCUUUUCAUUGAGCGAGAUCGACAGCAAGCUGAGAACUUGACACCCGCAGAUGACGACGAGCCCAUCGUGGUGCCCAAAAGCGGGCGAUCCACUCUGGUUCCAGUGUCCAGCGUUCUGAUUUGAAGGGUUCUGAUUUGAACUUUGCCUCCCCUCCUUCUCUCAGUGGAAGGAAGCGGCAGAAACUUUUAUCACGGUUUUUCCUUUUACAUUUUUUUUGGGGGAGGCUGGUGCAAGAAGAAUCCAGUACCAAACUCGAAUGGACUCCCGGUCCCAAAAAUGUUUUGUUUUACCACUUUUAGGAUAUUCAACUUAUACGGUCUUUUAGGAUAGUCUUGACUUUUCUGAACUUGCUUGUUUUUUCUGCUUUUGUCCGGGUGAUGAACCUUCUCUUCGGCAUUUUGGUUUGGGGGUCUUACCAUGCGUGGUCUUGGCGGCCAGCCACUUUGCUGACUCUGUUUUUAGAUUAACUGAAUAAACCGAGCUAACUUGUUUA